AUGGCUCCGAGCACACUGCUCAUCACACAUAAUCAAACACAACAGCUCAGAGUCCGCCAACCCAUUAAGGUCGACUGUUCCCUGCCGCGUGUUAAACACCUGCACGCGGGAGUGAAGGAAGGAAGUAGGGCGGGAGGUGAGAGCUUCAGUGGGAAUAGGAAUCCAGGACACAUUCAUCACGAGCACAGAGAAGGACAUGGCGCAAAGAAUCCACACGAAUCGGACAAAUUGAAAGCAGAGCAGAGCUGUCAGGUGUUGGAGGAGGUGCAGGAAAAUGUGACUGAGCCUGUCCAAAGCACACUGAAGAAAGAAGACGCUGCUGUGGAAAACAGCUAUGAAGCCACGCUUCCCCUCAAAGUACAGGUUAAAUCCAAAGUACAGAACUCAAACAGAAGCACCCCGGACAGCAGUGUUGUUUCUGUCCCAAAGACGGAGGCGACAAAGCCCAUCAGAACCCUUCAGCCUGGCAAGAGCGCCUCUCAGAGAUCCAUGGUCUUCGGCAGUGAAUUGCAGUGGGAGCAGGAAAAGGAGCUCUAUGUGCAUUCAGUUGUCAGUCAUAUGUAUGAGAAUCCAGGAGUCAGUAAUGGUGUCACAUCUGAGCUCCGGAGUUUGAUGAGCUGUGUAUCAGCAGGCGUGAAAAGCAGAGAGUGGCAGCAUCCCUCCGACCUCACCCGCAGAAAUUACUGGAGACACUUUGGGCCAGCAGCAGCACUGAUGACCCUGGAUGAAUGGCAGGCCAAGAACUGUCUGAUGCACAAGCGCUUCGAUAAGAUACCAAAGAUCUUUGAAAGGAGUCCAUGUCCGUAAACUCAGCUUUGUGGUUUAUAGACGCGUCAGGAAAAACUACACUUUCAAAACAUAUUUGUGUAUAUGUAUAUAUUUGAGUAUUUAGGUUUUCUUUCUGGCUUUUUGAUUUACUUUUCUUUCAAAUGCAUGCACGUUCCUCCUAAUUUAAAAACGUAUGCAUGUUUUCAGUGGUUUUGUUUUGUGAAAGUCUGAAUCACUGAAGAAUGUCUUAAACUUGAAUUACUGACUUAGAUUUUUGGAUUUUAGGUAUUUGCUACUUCAUAUUUGUCUCAUGUUUACUCUGCAUAUGGUUAGUUUUUACUGAUUUGCUGUAAAAGCCUGAUGGAACCACCCGAGUGUGUGAAUGUGAAAACUCAAGGUGAUGUCGGAUUUUCAAAUUUAUACCACAGGUUAAUUUACUAAAACUCUCAGGUGACGUUGAAUCUCACUGACCUCGGGGACAGAGGUGAAGUUUUCUUAAUCUUUUGGAAAAUUCAAAUAGAGAAAGAAGUCCCCUAAGAUUUUCAAAAGCAUACCAUUGGUGGAUCUACUAGGAGGCUGGGGUUGGCACUCGUGGCUGCCAGUGUUUUUCAUGUGUUCCUGUUAAUCGGUCUCCUCUCUGGGGUUGUAACGCAGCAGACAACAGACUUUCAAUCCAAUAAGAAUGAGACUCAAUUUCUAUCUUUGCUCUUUGUUUUUGGACCUUUUGUGCGUCUUUUAUUGCACUUAAUUUUUACUUUACAGUAGCGAUGAUUUGUUACUAUGUCAGUUUUACUUACGAAGUAACAAAGAAGCAUCGGCACUUUCUAGGUACUGUUCUUUGAAAUAUUUACUCAGCGUUGUUGUAAAUAUUUAAAGAUUUUGCUCAGUAACUAAAAAUUAUGAACAUGGUUAUAUUAUUGCAUUAAACGUUCUUUUUCCAUGGCUGAUUCUUACUGUCGUCUUUGGCCAUUUAUUUAAAAAAGAAAAAAGAAUCAGAAACUUUAUUGUCAUUGUCACGAGAACAACGAAAUGAAGAAUGGUCCCCGAUCAUUGCAUCAUCCCUAGCAAUAUCAAAAUAUAAAUAAAACAAUAAAAUUCAAUAAAUAAA